AUGGUGACACCAACAGAUGUCACUUCUGGUAGGUCUACAGGUACCAAAAAUACCUCCAACUCUGGGACAGAUCACACCCAUCCUUUCUAUCUUCAUGCUUUAGAUUAUUCAGGAAUGAAUCUUAUCAACUCACCCUUUAAUGGGAAAGGUUAUGAUGGAUGGAGCAGAUCAAUCUUGAUAGCUCUUUCAGCAAAAAAUAAGAUUGGGUUCAUCGAUGCUGACAGUGUUAUCUACUCCAAGACAGCCAAGGAUUUGUGGAAAGAACUUGAGGACAGAUUUGGCCAGUCCAAUGGAGUACAACUUUAUCACCUACAACAAAAAAAGUUAAGUGACUUGGUGCAGGGUUCAAAUGACAUUGCUGGCUAUUUCACAAAGAUCAAAAGUCUUUGGGAGGAGCUUGAUGCUUUGAACAGUUCUGUCAACUGCUUAUGUGACUGCCAAUGUGAUGGAAAAGAAAAAAUGGCUAAGUCUAUUCAAGAUGAGAGAAUGAUCCAAUUUCUAAUGGGUUUGAAUGAUGUUUAUGCUGCUAGAAAGAGUAACAUAUUAAUGCUCUCACCUUUAUCCUCGGUGAAUCAUGCUUAUUCACUCCUAAUGCAAGAUGAAAAGCAAAGAGAGGUGUAUAUGAGCAUACACUAUUCAAGAAAUUCUGUUUCUUUCUUGGCCACAAAUCAGAACACCCUUGGUCAAAGAUCUGGAUAUUAUAACGCUAAGGAAAAGAAAAUCAAUGUGAUCUGUUCUCAUUAUAAGAAACCUGGGCAUUCUAUGGAUAAAUGCUAUAAGAUAAUAGAUUUUUCAAAUGAUUUCAAGUUUACCAAGGCAAAGAGGUUCCAGGAAAGUGUGAAGAGAAAUGCUGCUUACAUAAAAGGAACACAAGGACAAAAUUAA